GCAAUCACCAUUGUGCGACGUGUUGUUGGUUGCAUAAAUCGUCAACUCAAAAUUGUGCUCAAACCCAUUUGAUUUACUAAUUUGUUGAUAAUGUUGGACGAGCCGAGUCUUUCCAACAUCACCGACCCCAAUUUCGGGCGCCCCCCUGAGUCCCAAAACGUGCUUUUGCAACAAUUGGGGCACCCCCACGUGUCCAGUUUCAACUACAUGACCAACCAGGGCUUAGCCCAGGCCGUUUCCGACUUGAACCCUGUCGAAUUUAUGCUAAACGGGGACCGAAUCACUUUGGAAAUCACCGAUGCUAGUCUCAGUUGCCCCUUGGUGCCCAUGGGUACUGUGGGGGUGAAAACCAUUAAAGUCUUUCCCUCGGAGUGCCGGCAAAGGGCCGCUACGUACAAAGGGAGGCUCAUUGCAAGGGUUAAAUGGGCGGUGAAUGGGGAACAACAGACUGGCUUCGACAAGGACAUGGGGCAACUUCCCAUCAUGAUCAAAUCGAAUAAGUGUCAUUUGAGUGCUAUGUCCCCGGAAGAGUUGGUCAAGCACGGGGAGCACGAGCAGGAAUGGGGGGGCUAUUUCGUGGUCAAAGGACACGAAAGACUGGUGAGGAUGUUACUAAUGACACGUAGGAAUUACCCCAUUGCGAUUAAACGCUCAGGGUGGAAAAUGCGGGGGUCAAUUUUCUCCGAUUAUGGGGUUUCGAUGAGGUGUGUGCGGGAGGACCAAACAGCCACAACAAAUGUUUUACACUUUGUUAACGAUGGGAGCGCUAAAUUGAUGUUCAGUUACAAGAAAACUCUCUACUACGCCCCCUUGGUCCUGAUUUUGAAAUGUUUGUGUGUCUAUUGUGACCAGUUUAUUUACCAGAAGUUGAUUCAGGGGUACCAACACGAUUCGUAUUAUCUCGAUUGCGUCCAAAACAUGUUGCGAGACCUUCAUGUCGAAAAUCUCCACACCCACGAAGACUGUAAAGCCUAUUUGGGUAAAAUGUUUCGUGUGAAAUUCUACGAGUGUCCUGAUUGGUUCACCGACUCUGAAAUCGCAGAUUUCAUCCUGAAAAAAUGCGUUUUAAUUCACCUCGAAAAACCCGAAGACAAAUUCAAUAUGUUGGUUUUAAUGUGUCAGAAACUCUUUUUGUUUGCACAGGACAAGUGCAAGCCUGAGGGGGCCGACGCAGUAAUGAUGCAAGAACUCUUACUCGGGGGGCACCUCUACUUGCAACUGCUCAAAGAGCGUUUACAGGGCUGGUUAUUCGGUCUCAAAUCGAACAUUUUGAAACGUAGUGUUACAAUUUCGGGUCAUUUGACCCAAAACACCAUCCUCCAAGCGGCGAAACGCUCCGGGGGGCUCGAGCAUGCCUUUGAGUUGUUCCUCGCCACGGGAAAUGUCAAUUCUACUUCCGGUUUGGGGCUCAUGCAGGACAAAGGCUUGACAAUAGUCGCUGAGAAUAUAAAUCGGAUGCGUUACAUGUCUCAUUUCAAAGCCGUCCAUCGGGGGGCCUUCUUCCAGGAGAUGCGAACCACGGAGGUGAGACAGUUGUUGCCCGACGCGUGGGGCUUCAUCUGUCCGGUGCACACCCCCGAUGGGGCCCCCUGUGGGCUCUUGAACCACUUGACGUCGAAUUGUUCCGUUACGGAUGUCCCCGAUGCGAAAAAAGUCGAAAAUAUUCCGAUUAUUUUGACGAGAUUGGGAAUGGUGGCUUUGAAAUAUGUGACAAAUUUGAGGUUUGAGGAGAAUUAUGUUGUGGUGCUUGAUGGGAGGGUUUUGGGGUAUGUGAGGAGGGAUUUAGGACCGAAGUUGGUUGAACAAUUGAGGUUGUGUAAGAUUAAAGGGGAGGAGGUACCAAAUACGCUUGAGAUUGUUUUGGUUCCGUUGUUGAAGGUUACGGCACAGUUUCCGGGGCUGUUUUUGUUUACAGGACCGGCUCGUAUGAUGCGACCGUUGUUGAAUUUGAAAACGAAGGAAGUGGAGUUUGUGGGGACCUUUGAGCAGGUUUAUAUGGAUAUUUGUGUCUCCCCAGAUGAGUAUUACAAAGGUGUUACGACUCAUAUGGAAUUAUCCAAAUUGGCAUUCCUGUCAAACUUGGCCCAACUAAUUCCAAUGCCCGAUUGCAACCAAUCACCUCGUAAUAUGUACCAAUGUCAGAUGGGUAAACAAACAAUGGGUACCCCAUGUCACAAUUGGGGUUCCCAAUCCGAAACCAAACUCUACCGCCUUCAAACACCAGCAACUCCCCUUUUCCGACCCGUCCAUUAUGAUAACAUCAAACUUGACGAUUUUGCAAUGGGCACAAAUGCCAUUGUUGCCGUUAUCAGCUACACAGGCUACGACAUGGAGGACGCAAUGAUAAUAAACAAAGCCGCCGAUGAACGAGGUUUUGCCCAUGGUUCAAUUUACAAAACCGAAUUUGUUACUCUUGAACACGAAUCGUCGUAUUUUUGUCGUAAUCCGGAAAAACCCGAUUUGGCCCAAUUUCUCGACACGGAUGGUUUACCCAUAAUCGGACGCCGAAUGAAAGAGGGGGAUCCCCUAUAUUGUUAUUACAGUGUGGACGAAUCACAAUACAAAAUAUCGAAAUUUUCGGGUAAAGAGGAGUGUUUUGUCGACACUGUCAAACUAUGCGCCAGUUUUGAAACGACCAAUCGCACAGCUUGUUUCACGUUCCGAGUUCCGCGUAAUCCCACAGUCGGUGAUAAGUUUGCAAGUCGGGCUGGACAAAAGGGCAUUUGUUCGCAAAAAUGGCCAAUGGAGGAUUUGCCCUUUACAGAAACGGGGCUUGUGCCUGAUAUUGUUUUCAAUCCUCAUGGGUUUCCCUCGCGUAUGACCAUUGCGAUGAUGAUUGAGGUUAUGGCGGGGAAAUCAGCAGCGCUUCAUGGACUUGUUCACGAUGCAACUCCGUUUAAAUUUACCGAAGAUGAUACGGCGAUUGAUUAUUUUGGACGAUUGUUGGAAGCAGGGGGCUAUAAUUAUUACGGGACUGAAACUAUGUAUUCGGGGAUUGAUGGGAGGGAAAUGACAGCGCAAAUUUUCUUCGGAAUUGUGCACUAUCAACGUUUGAGACAUAUGGUUUCGGAUAAGUGGCAGGUGCGUUCGACUGGCCCUACAGACAUCCUGACGCGCCAGCCCCUCAAAGGGCGUAAACGUGGAGGCGGAGUCCGAUUUGGAGAAAUGGAACGUGAUUCGUUAAUCAGUCAUGGCGCUUCGUUUUUGUUACAAGAUCGCCUACUACACUGUUCUGAUAAAACAACAGCGUUUAUUUGUACCUCUUGUGGCACUCUAUUGGGUCCAGUGACUGUGAUAACCCGAAUGGCCGAAAAACCCAACCAAUCCAGUUACAAGGAAACUUGUAGGUUAUGUGGCCACGGCCGUGACAUAUCCGAGAUACAAAUCCCCUACAUUUUCAAGUUUUUCGUAACACAGAUGGCGUCGUGUAACAUAAAUGUCAAAAUUUUGACACAACAUGUGUGACAAGCAGUGUUGCCAAUAAAACAGAAAUAAACGCAAAUAAUUUAUUUUUGAAUCUUCUGCGGUAACGUGGAACAGAUAAAACAAACACAAAUAAAAUAAGUUAUCUAAUGCUUACUG